AUGGCAUCAGGUGUAGAAGCUCCUCUGAAAAGUAUUUAUCAUAUUCCUCAUCAACAAACUCCUCUUACAAAUGGCGUCAGUCCUGCUGUCACUCUUACAGUUCGUCUCAUUAUGCAAGGAAAGGAAGUCGGAAGUAUUAUUGGAAAGAAAGGAGACAAUAUAAAGAAGUUUCGAGAAGAGAGUGGGGCUAAAAUAAAUAUAUCAGAUGGUUCAUCACCAGAAAGGAUCGUCACUGUCACUGGUUGCACAGAAUCAAUUCUGAAGGCUUUCUCAUUAGUUGCUCAAAAGUUUGAAGAUGAUUUACAAGCUAGUGUUACUGGAACUAAUGUUCCAAAACCUCCAGUUACACUUCGCCUCAUUGUUCCUGCUAGUCAAUGUGGAUCACUUAUUGGAAAAGGAGGUUCAAAAAUCAAAGAUAUUAGAGAGGCCACUGGUGCAUCUAUUCAAGUAGCUAGUGAUAUGCUUCCAAAUUCUACUGAAAGAGCUGUUACUAUAUCUGGUACAGCCGAAGCUUUGACCAAAUGCAUCUACCAAAUUUGUUGUGUUAUGAUGGAGUCACCUCCUAAAGGAGCAACAAUUCCUUACCGACCAAAACAAACUGUCAUGCCAUUACUUUUCUCUGGUGGUCAAGCAUUUGCGCUACCAGGACAGUAUGCACUUCCUCAUCCUGACCUGAGCAAGCUACAACAUCUGGCAACCCUUCAGCAUGCCUCCACUGCACCCCUCUUGCCUGGGCACACAACGUCACCUCAAGCAUGGGCCUCCUUAGCUGCAGCAAACAGUGUUCGGAAUUUGAGCAGGGCAGCUUCCGUGGCUCCCACUUCCACUUCUGAGAUGAGCAUUUCAAAUGAACUCAUUGGAUGUAUUAUUGGAAAAGGAGGAACUAAAAUAAAUGAAAUUAGGCAAAUAUCUGGAGCAAUUGUGAAAGUUUCCAAUACUGAAGAAGGCUCAAAAGAUAGAACAGUUACAAUUACAGGAAGCCCAGCAGCAGUCAAUUGUGCUCAAUAUCUUAUUAAUGCAAGUAUUGAAAGACACAAAACUCUGGAUCCCAAACAAGUUCCCACCAAUGCAGCCGCAGUCAGUUUUGCUCCAUCAUUGGCAGCUACUCCUUUGAGCCCCUUGGCUGCCGCUUCCCUAGGGCAGCUGAUGAAAACGACCCCUUCACCCUUGUCACUGGGCCUCGCUCCGGCUUUCCUGCGAGGGUCGGCCGCGGCCCUCUUUGCCGCAAAUUUCAAACAAUUUCAGGCGAAAAACCUUUCUUACAAGUUGAGAGCUUCUUCCGUGACCACCGGAGGCCUCAAGAAGGAGGACAGGAACAAGUUUUCUCCCUAUUGA